AAUGCCGAAGGCCGGCAGGCGGCGCACGAGGGCGGAUCCGGGGACCGGGACGGGGAGGGAAGCGAAGAAGAAGAAGAGAGCAGAGGACCGGCCGGUGUUGUUCGCGGCCUUGGAGAGUGAAAAAUCCCAAUCCGAAGCAAAAUUAGAUCGUGUGUACGCCGAUGUGGUCGAGUCCGCGACGGAGGAAUCCUCCGAUCCACCCAGCCCUCUGCUACAUAGACCCUACAUCCCCGACGAGCUAGCUGAUAGGGCGGACAUACGUGCCGCUUUCCGGGAGGCCAAUGCCACAUACGAAGCAGACACAGAACGUCGGUCUGCUGUCCUCACCAUGGAUCGGUACUCUUCUAGUUCCUGCCUGUCCAACGACCGACGCCUGCUUCACAUCCGGGAGGCAGCCAAGGAUGCCGUGCUUCUUGCCGCCAACUCUAUUAUCAGCCUCUCGUCCUAUCUUGACGAUGAGCCUCUGAAUAGGUGCUGCGGUUUGUGGAUUCAACGGGACGACAAGAAGAAAACCGCCCUUGUUUUGACGUCCGCGUAUCUGAUUCGGGCAAAGGAUCCCUCCGUGAGGAACCAGCGGACAGGCGAAUAUCAUCGUGAUGCUAGCGUCAUUGUUCACUUGCUGGACGGCACAACUGCAUUAGCCCGUCUCAUCUACCUCCAGGAGCACUACGAAUUAGCUCUUUAUGAGGUUGUAGUGGACAAACCGGUUCAACUGUCCACUUUUAAUGACAAUGUGCAAUCUGGUCAAGAUGUUUUCCGACUUGGAAGAGAUGAAAGUCUUGAUCUAAGGAUAACCCAUGGUAUGGUGGAAUAUAGGAUUCCAAACCGUCAUGAGAGAUGCCACUACAUGUAUUUUUCCCACGAUGAUGAACGCAGUUGGCAUGAUGAUGGAGGCCCUAUCAUUGACUUAGAAGGGAAGGUUGUGGGAAUGGUCAUCAAUCAAAUGAAAGAUACCUUUUUACCUUCUUCUAUAUUGCACAAAUGCUUGGAUUUGUGGAGAAAGUUGAAAUGCAUCCCUCGUGCCCACCUUGGAAUGACCUUUACUUCUAUCAAGUUUCUAGAUCCUAUUUGUAUUGAGAGGAUGAGACGUAAGCAUAACAUUGAGUCCGGUCUUAUUGUUGAACAAGUGUCAAAAGAAUCAAAUGCUGAGAAACUUGGAAUCCGCAAGGGUGAUAUUAUUGAACGUUUGAAGGGACAGUAUAUUUCUACUACAACCGAGUUGGAAAAAAUGUUGCUGGACAUAGGCGGGGACCAUUUUCCUAAAGCAAAAGUCUUAAAUGCCAAGCUAAAUAUUCCUAUUCAAAUAUUUCGUGCCACGAAACUUUGCCGAAGAGCUAGGAACUUGACUGUAACUGUAUCGGAUUGUGGAGAAGACAUCAUAGAAGGCACUUGCCCUAUCACUGUUGGCCUUUGGAGAUGAGUCAAUUAUAAGUACACUUUUUUAUCAACUGAUUCUAGCAUGGGCACAAGUUCCGUAGAUUACCAAUUAACCCGAUGCCAAUUAUGGACACAAGUUCCGUACAUUAUUUUUGUGUAUCCUCAAACAAGAACUUUAAAUUAUGAUGUUAUUUUAAAUAUAAUUUCUGGAACGUAUAGAAGAGCAGAAUCUGGCUACUUAUUGUGUUUUCUGUUUUGUGAUACUCCAAUCCUUUGCUGUGGCUGAUGAAUUGAACUUGGUAAUUAUGCUAGAGUGAAAUGUUUGGUAAAAGAUCAAUAUAUUUUACAUUGACAAUUCCA